UAAACUACCGGGAGAGGGGUAGAGAUUUGUUUCUGUGAAGUCUAAAUUUGACGUAACAUAAACUCCGGAUAUUUAAACGACAAAAGAGGCAGUAAGUGGUGCAUACGACCAACAGUCCCUCCAGUCUUAGGGAUGUAUUCCUUUAAAUACAAGUUUGUACCGACGGAGAGUUCCAGUUCCGGGUCGGGGAGAAUGGAACGCAUACGGCCGGAGAAAACGCCUCGACAAAGAGUGCAGUCUGUCUGGCGUAACGUUCGCUGGGCGGAAUCAUUUCCUGACGAAUCUCUCAGCAUGGAAUCUUCGGAAUUAACUCCAAACUUUGCCUUACGAAGGAUAGUAUUACUUUUCGAGACCAAAAAAUACGACGAGUGCGCCACUCUCAUCCGUCGGUUAAAUUGUGUUACUUUUGGAAAUAUUCUUCAGGAGGUUCCGAUGGAGGUCCUGUUAGAUUCCAUGCCUUUUAGUCUUUCUAUUUUAGAGGCCCUCUAUGUCAAACUUUAUGAAACCACCCUGGAGACAUACCCAAAGGAGCACCUGCACAUGGACCUCCUCAUCAAACGGAUGGUGGCUUGUUUCGCCAGAAUGUCCCAAUCUGGUAACAGAGCUGAGAAAAACUGUAACAGCUUCUAUCCCUCGUGCAGGAAUAUCUUACGUGUUGUUUCUUAUGUUGAACCGAAUGUAAAGCAACAAUUAAAACAGAAAAAGAAGGCUUUAGACAGGUGUUUAAAACACAUGGGGCAGCAUGGCCUUGUCGAAUCGUCCUGUGGAAGCCUCAUGAACCUUCACGAUGCUUUAAAAUUGGAAUUAGAUAAAAUUGUCUUUCAGUAUCGAAACGCCUUACAAAAACUCGAUGAGCUCAGUCUAUCAGCAAAACACCCGACUAGCAGUUCUGUCACGUCCGGUAAAGCUCCUACCGAAGUUAGCCACCAAAGACUCGUGCAAAUGACAAGAGCAGACGUUCAAAGCAGGAUUAUUAAAAACAAAACCUUAUUCAACAUUGUAGAACCCGCAGUGACAAAUCAGUGCUUGAAAAAGUUAUUCCACAUUUUGGAAAAACGGAUUGAAUACGAUAAAAUUGCAUUGUUUCAUGACACCGAGCUUCGCAAACAUUGUGAUAAUAUUUCAGAGGAGGCUUAUCUGUCUGUUAUCAUGAAGCAGUUUUCUCAAGGAUACAGCAUAGUUUUGCAGCUUUUAAAGGAGGUGUCCGAAAUUGAUGAGGUAACUUCCGAGGAUGAUGACGUAGGUAUGAUUUCCAGUGACGAAGACAUAAUGACGCCUAUCACCCGAAUGGACCGAUCAAGGACAUUCAAUGGAUUUACGCAUAUUUUACCCCACAAAGCAAAUGGGCUUCGCCCUUCAAUCAUUUCCAGUCCAUUUCCAUGUAAACCAGUAACAGCGGGCUCUAACGGCCUGACGAAUGGUCACGCCACAGUAACCGCUUCACCCCUGUCUUCCCUGACGUCCGUCUUCCUAACUAAUGGUAGUCGCCAUACCAAUGGACAUGGACAUGCGGACACCGUGGAAAAACUUGAACAGGAAGUUAAAGCUUUAAAGUCUGAACUACAGAAAAGUCAAGAAGCAAUCAAGAAACUGCAGGAAAGAGAGAGACAACUGCUAGAAAGAACGCCAUUGGAUGCUCACAGUCUUUAUAAUGGAAGUUUAAACAGUCAUUUUGAGGAUCUGUCAGUGACGAGUCGAGCCUCAGAACUUAUAGGCCAGUACGGAGACCUUUAUAGUAUUACCCGUCUGGAAACAUUGGACGCUCUAGAUGCUAUAGGACAGCUCAGUGACCUCUCAGUACUUAAAGAAAAGAUUCUGUUCUCGGUAGUUGUGUUGUCCUUUCGUGGCGCUCAGCAGGCUGUCCAUGAGCUUAGGGGCAAAGUUCGACAUUUACUCAACCUUCCACAUCCAGAUGCCCAAAGGAAUCAUUCUGAUCCUUUAUCAAAUCAUAUGGAGACACAAAUUGCUCAAUACCUCUGCAAGACAGCAGGAAACUUUGAUGUUUCUAAAACAAUUGACGAAGUUUGCUCACAAAUCUACGCAACAUUGUAUGACUAUCCAGUUUUGAAGGACUGUCAAGGAUUAAGGCUUUACGUAUCUUCGUGUGUUCAGAUUGCAUGGGGACUGUUUGUGCAAAAUCCGCCCUUCCUAAUCAUUUACGAUGCACGGCAGUUUCAUCCUGAAAUGCAUACCCGACAUCAUUCCUCAAAUCCCGAGUCCGAGGAAAUUCAAAACUUUGUGUGGCCUGCUCUCACUGAAGGCUAUGGUGGUCCAUGUGUUUAUAAAGGAGUUGUGAUCACGUGAGACCUAAUCCCAGAGGUUGAUGAGAAAACAAUGUGCGAAAUUUGGAAUAAAUGAAGUGUAAAUGAGAUAUGCUUGCUGUAUCAUAUGUUAAAACGGUGUAUAUCCCUCGGUAUCAGUGAAAUGUAGCAACUCAACAUACGGUUUACAUAUAAUAUUUCAGAUAAUGUUGAUAUAAGAAAAAUUUAAACUGAAUUGAAAGUUACUCACAGUCACCGUCGGGUAUAAAUUUGAUACCAGAACGUUUCACAUAUGAAUUCGGGUACCAAGUUUGAACAAGACAGUCCUAAACAACUAUGAUUCGUACAUGUUGCACAUUACGUUACAAAACGUUUAAUGACCCUCCAUGCACUGCACACUAAAGAGUUCUAAUUCCAUGGUAUUUUCCUGCAGUGAGAGUGAUCUGAACUUAUAUAUAAAAUAAAUGAAUUGAAAUCUUCAUCAUAUUACUCUAACUGUAAUCAACUCAAGCAUUUUUAACAAUUUAUUAGGCCAAGAUAAAUUAAUUGAACUCCGUAUUUGCAUGACUGCAAUCUGUUAUUGAUAAAGCAUACCCGUGACAUAGGAUUAUGGGUGAUAUCCACCACACGCAUGAGAUUAUUAAACACUUUAUUUGCAUGUAUUUUCCCUCAUUUAAAUAAGCAUCAGUGAUUUGUGUUCAUCAAUACUAUGUUGUCUUUGAAAUUUUUUCGUGAGGGCAAAUGCAUGCAGGUUCCCUACGUUCAAAAUGGAAUAUAUAGGCCCAGUAUUUACAUCUCUACAGGAUAUAUUUUUCUUAUUGUCCAAAAAACAUUUUUCAUUUGUGUAUAGAGGGUCCUUAAAAUGAAAUUUAUCAAAAUACGCGGAAAUGUAAUUUGGCCGAGUGACUGAUGGGGGAUAUACAACGUUCAUGAUAUAAAUAUACUUGCAUUUAUGACAUUUUCAAAAGUGAAAAACCGUAAUUUAUUUCAUCAUUUGUUAACAGGUACAUAUUCUUAGUGCUAUUAAUUGAUUAAUACAGUGACUUCGAAAAUUAUGGAGGGAAUUUUGCAAUAGCCAGCAUGAUAAGAAGUGAAAUGGCAUUUAUUGUUAUGAAGGGAAUCCGUGCAUUUAUAUUGUUUACAGCAUUUACAUGUAAAGCUUGAGAUCAGAAGGCUCAACUAUCGCGAACACCACCACCAUCUUCCAAACGUUUAUUUUUUGAAAAGCUUAAAAUUGCAUUAUUUAUUUGUACUGUUUGAUUCUAAUUUAUAUUUGUAAUCAUUUUCAAAAUACAUGUAAAACGAAAUAAAUAAUCUACAUCUAA